UAUGCAUGCAGAAAGUUUUAGCAGUGACUUAUUACUUCCUUUAACAGCUUUUUUGUACUUUUUCUCAUCAGUAAUUUCCUAACCUCCUGGACGCUCUGACUGGAGCAGGCCAACACAAACUACGUGGGAUCAGGGUGAUUGUGAGCCAGGAGGGGGAGUUUGACGUUGCACAAGUGGUUAAGUGGAUGUAUGCUGUGACUCAUGGGCUGAGGAAUCUGUUCAUAAAACUUAGAAGAAACAAAGCAGCAUCCCAGGGCAGAGCAGAGCAUUUAAACCCCUCCUGGAGUUCUCUUACAGAAGUACACUUUAAGUUGUUUUCUCUUUACAGAUUUCACCAUCUUCUGCUAAAUAUUCUUCCACAAGUUGCAGCACUGAGCUCCCAACUCCAUCUACUUACCCUCCCUCCCACACCAUGACAGGGGAUGUUGUCCCAGCUCCCCAGCAGGGGGACCAGGCUGAUGCAGCACCCGGCCCCAGCACCACCCCCGGGGAGCCCAUGGAUGUAGAAUGUCCCAUCUGCUACCAGGAGUAUAACCAGUACAAUAAAUGCCCUCGGAUGCUGGAGUGCCUUCAUGUUUUUUGCACUGAAUGCCUCCAGAGGAUCCAGCUCUGCCCCUGCGACCCCCCCAACCCCCACAGCCCUCCAGCCAUCCCCUGCCCCCUCUGCCGCCACCUCACCCCUCUGGAGGCCGGGAACGCCCUCUCCUUACCCUGCAACUCCCGCAUCCUGGCCAGGCUGCCCCAAGUGGCCUUCCGCCUGCCUGUGGCCAUGGCCAAUCGCCUGGCCACGGUCACCCAGAGAGUGGUGCUCUCCCUGGAGGGCGAGAGCAGGGACACCCGCUUCAUCAUCCUGCCCACCGUGAGCCUGCGGGUGCAGCAGAUGCACCCGGGCAGGCUGUACGGCACAGCGCCAGGCCUGGUGGGGGAAGAGGAAGUCAUAGAGCAGAGCAAGAAGACGCUGUUCUGUGUGCAGCUGCUGGCCGUUAUCUUCUGGGUGGUGUUUGUGAUCACCUGCGUGGUUGGGGUGGUGUUUGGGCCAAAUUUUUUAAAUAGGAAACUGUGAGAGGAAACAGGAUUUUAUCUCUUUUUAUAAUAGCAGAUGUAGUUAUUGAUAUAAAAUCAUGAUGUAGGCUGCAGGAAAGCACUGUAAAAAAGUAGGUGGACACAUGACAGUUUAGAGAAUACACAUUAUAAUUUAUUUUAUGAAGACUGUGGUUGUUAUUCUCCCUGUAGUUAAAGGACCAACUCAAAUUCUCCUCUUAUUUAUAAAGUACCACCACUCACACCAAUCUGUCCUCACUGUACUGUAUGUGUUUGUUGCUCUUUUGUUAACGAUAGACUGAUGAAGAGUUCCCUCUAGUGGUUCAUUUGGAGAUGUAAGAACUGAGAUUAAAAGGAUUUUAAAAGGAAAUGUGCUUUCUUUGUCCCAGGUUUCAUAAGGUUUUCUCUGACUGUCACUCCGAAUGCCAUGAACUGAACAAAGCUGCCUUAUAUAACAGAUGUACAUUUUGAAAAUAAAUGAAUAAGUGCGUUUGGAUAUUUAGAAACUAUUUCAAGGAUAAGGAAUUUCAUUUUCUUAUCUGUUUAUUGGAUAAAGAAUUGAAUUACCUCCAGAAGUUCUCGUUCAACACAAUGGCGUCUUAUGUGAAUAACUUGGCAGACUUUUAUGUUGAGACUGAUUGAGAGGAGUCAAUAGGUCAGAUUGGAUAAUUUAAUGGCUAUAAUGAUGCUAUUUAAUAGUAUAAUGAUACUGAAAAGUGAUUGCAAGACUUUCCUAAUGUGUCUCAUUUCUUCUUUAUUGGGUUGUUUAGAUCUUUUUGUUCUUGUUAAUGGGGAUGGAUUAAUCGAUUUAACCCCAGGAGCCCCACUAUCAGAUUUUUUGGAAACUACAACACAUCUUAUUCAUUAUAAAACUAAUAUUUGUGUAUUAGUGUACAAGCACAUACAAAAAAGGAAAUAAAAAAAUGUAUGCACUCAUUCAUUGUUUGUACUUUGUCCUGGGGCUAUAGGGGGAGUAAGACUUUUACCUGACUACACUGAACUUAUGAAUUUAUAAACUGUAUUUAUUUAAAAUGAUGUUGUUUUAAAGGUUUGAUGAAGUUUGAUGGAAGUUAUUUGCCUUUACUUAUUUACUACUUGAAAUGAUCAAUUUAUAAUAAUUAUUAUACUUUUUUAUACUUUUUCCUCCCUCCUUCUUCUUCUCUACUCCUCCUACUCUUUGCACAUAUACCUGCACACCCCUCUGGUCAUACACAACAAACUUUUUAUAUACACACUUUUCAUAAAGAAACACAUAAAAAUCUGAAAUAUCUAUACGUUGUUUUCCCAUUAACAAAACAAAAAAUCUGCACUAAAUUCAAAGCCUCCAUUUCCUACUGUUUUGUCUGUAUAUUUUGUUACUA